AUGGCGAGAACGCCAGGGCGGACGCCAUCCAAACAUAUCCCGUACCGUGGCGAAGACUCCACUCGAGGAAAGAAGACGGGAAAGCCAGUUCCGUCUGCCCCUCGCACAUCUGACGGCUAUGAGCGUUUCCACCAACUCAUCUCGCAUUCAGACAACUACACCCCACCUCAACGAACCGUGAAACGAACCAAGAAAGGCGGCUCUGUCGUGCCCCCCAGCGAGGAAGAUAGCUCAGACAAAGGCGAAGGCUCGAUGGACAUUGACGACAGUCCCGUUCCGCAAUACUACCGGAAAGAAGUCUCGCCCAUAUUUGAAGACACCCCAUCGCCACUCAAGCGAGCGAGGCUGGCGGAGAAUAAUCAAGACAGCUCCGAUGACGAAGGUGGCAUUGUCCAUAGGGCGGUAAAGAGGAAAGCACCGCUCACACCGGUGAGGGAGCUUGAAGAAGAAGAGGAGGAUGAUGUGGAUAAUGCACUCACAGCUGGGGUUGAAGACUAUCAAUCCGAGCAAGAGGAGACCCCACCGAGGAAACGGGCGAAGCCUGCCAGUCCGAAGAAACCAAAACCGAAACGCAAGCCAAAACCACGGGUCAGCGAUGGGUCAGAUUCGUCACCAGAGGGUGUACGACGGUCCAAGCGGAUUUCUUAUAGCCCACUCGAGUAUUGGCGGGGAGAGCACAUUGUCUAUGCGCCAAGAGACCUUUCCCAGCCCCGUCAAGUUCCCCAUAUCAAGGAAAUUGUUCGGGUACCCAAGGAACCUGUCAAGCCACUGAGCAAGCGCAAGACUGGCCACGCCCCACGGUCGCAAUCUCGCACUCAAAUUGUGGAGAAGGAGGUCAUCGUAGAGGUCAACAAGGGGAAUCCAGAGGCUGGCUGGGACGAUGACACGGAUACCCAAGCGAUGGUGGUCGAUUUUCUAUCUGGAGAGCAGAUCAUGCGGCGCGUCGCGUUCACUUCCAACAUGUUCGAUCCACAAGAGGCACGGGUAACAAACCCAGACGAUGCUUGGUCCUUCCAAAAGAUAUUCGGAGACGAAGACUUUAUGGCUGCAGGCCAGUUGACGAUUCCUCCGAAAAAGAAGAAACCACCAAAGGCAUCCAAGGACAAUACUUAUAUGUUCUACAUCGUCAAAGGCGCCAUCAACGUGACCGUCGGCACGCAAUCUCUCAUCCUUGCGCAAGGGGGGAUGUUCAUGGUCCCGCGGGGCAAUACGUACCUCAUCGAAAACAUCAGCGACCGUGAGGCCACCUUAUUUUUUACUCAAGCGCGCAAGGUCGCAGAUGCCGUGGAUGAUUUUGAGGGAGAGGGAGAGGACGAGGGAACCCCAAUCCAAGUGCGAUUGCCGUCCGCCGUCCCAGCGCGCUAA